GCGGCAGUCGGCGGGUGGUCGGGGCGGAGGCGUAAGUCAGCGCGGCGCCGCGGCACUGAUAGCUUGUGUAAACACUGACAUCCGCUGCCACGCCGCCGCGACCCGUGCCCUUCACGGCGCCCUUCACAGCCUCGGGGCAGCGCCAGGUUGGGGCGUCCCGCCGCCCCUUAGCCCCCUUGCUUCGCCAUGCCCCAGCGCGGGGCGUGAGUCACGCAGGACAGUGAGAGGAGCGCGGCGCCAUGUCUGGCGUGGUGGCGGCCGAGGCGGUGCGGCCAAGCCUCAACUCCGCCUUCAGCGCCGUGGCCAGGAAGACAUUCUCUUUCUCCGUGGACGCCAUCCUCGCCACGCCCCCGCACGCCAAGGACCGCGACGCAGACCCUCUCGCGCCCACACACACGCCCACGCCGCCCGGGGCAGCCCUCACGCCCCCGGCAGACGACAGACUCUGCGCCAAGGUGUCGCAGGACGCUGACGGCGACGUCGACGAGGAUGACGACGAGGACGAGGAGAUCAACGUGGACUGUGAGGGGGACGAGUGUCGCUACGACCCGCGCGGCGACGACGACGACGACGACGAGGAGGAGGAGGCGCGCAAGGCGGCCAGAGGAGACAGAGGAGACGGCGGAGGAGGUGGAGGAGGAGGAGGAGGAUUGGGUCUGCCCAUGUCCUCCCUGCUGGAGAACCACCUGGGGGCACGCCAUGCCCUGCCGCCCCCGCCCUCCACCUCGGCCUCCUCCACCCACACCAUGGCGCCCCACCACCUGGCGGGCGCCUGGCCCCACAACCUCCUGUUCCAGCAGCAGCUCGCCCUGCACGCCCUCACCAAGACGCCUGAGCCGCCUAAGUUUUUGGGUCCCAUGAAAGUGAACUUGAGGAAGCACAAGCCGAACCGCAAGCCGCGCACGCCCUUCACCACGCAGCAGCUGCUGUCGCUGGAGAAGAAGUACCGGGAGAAGCAGUACCUCAGCAUCGCCGAGCGGGCCGAGUUCUCCGCCUCGCUCAGCCUCACCGAGACGCAGGUCAAGAUCUGGUUCCAGAACAGACGCGCCAAGGACAAGCGGCUCAAGGAGGCGGAGAUGGAGCGCCUUCGGUACUCCUCGCGGCCUCUACUGCCUCACAACCCCCUGCUGCCCCCUGCCUCCCUGCUGCCUCACUUCCUCUUCCCCCACAACUUGUCUCCACACCCCGCACACUCCCAUCAGCUGCCGCCAAGCCUACGGCCGCUGCCCGGCCAGCCCGCGGCGCCCUACGCCAUCCCCUCCAGCACCGCUGGCGGCAGUGGCCCGGCACCCCAGUGACUAUGAGCCGCUCCUCGUGGUGUGGGCAGGCCGCGGCGUGCCCGGCGUGCCGCCGCGCCGCAGCGCCUCAUCGGAACAGUGCAGUGGUCGGGGCGGGGCGGGGCGGGGCGUGACAGGUGGGGGUGGUGGGCGGGACGAACCAAAGACUGUGUGGCGCCCUUCGUGGCGUCACUGCGAUGUGUGAAUAAAUCUCUAUUAUUUUGCUGCGGGAUUUUAUUCCGCGGCGACGACCCUGUGCCGGCAGCCCCGCCCCGCCCCGCCGCGCCGCGCCGCGGUGGCAGGGGCGGGGCCGCUGUGACUCUCUCACGCCCCAGUGCGGCGAGUGGUGUGGUGGCCCGCUGCUGGCGGUGACCUGACACUAAACACGUGGACAGUGCGGCGCCAGGCAGCAGUGUGGCGCCGCCAGGUGGUGUGGCGCAGGGAGGUGAAGGAACACCACCGCAGGCGUAACCUUAACACCGCAACACCACACAUCUGUGCACUCAACACCUCGUGUGUGGCGCUGACGCAGAGAACCAGGGCAAAGCGACGCGAUGCCCUGCAGGCGUCCCCCGCGCGAACACACACACACACACACACACACACACACACACACACACACACACACACACACACACACACACACACUCUAGCAAUAACGUUCGUUCACGUUCAUACGAAUAAUGUUACAGUUAUAAGAACAUUAAAUAAUACAAGCAUG